AUGGGUAGAAAAGGUUCAGAAAUGACCAUUGAUGUAAAAAAUAUUGCUGUUUGUAUGUAUAAUGAUGGAAUGUUAAUAGCGGAAAUUUCGAGAACUUUACAGAAACCUCACAGUACCAUUUCAUCUAUUUUAAAAAAAUUCAAAUCAUCAGGAUCAGUGGAAAAUUUACAAAGAUCAGGCCGACCUCGAUCAGUGACAGACAGAGAUUAUCGCCAUCUUGACAGGACUGUGAAGUGCAAUCGUCGGGCUUCAUUAGCAGACAUAAAGAGUAAAUUUAAUGAUUGGAGAGCAGCGCCAGUUUGUAAGAGAACUGUUCAAAAUCAUUUACAUAAACAUGGAUUUUCUAAAAGAGUGAGUAAGAAAAGAGUUAUUGUGUCAAAGGUGAAUAGAGCAAAGCGCCUUUCUUUGUGUAGAGAGAAAAGAAGGUCUAAAGUAGUAGGUGAAUGGGAUCGUGUGAUAUUUUCUGAUGAAAGUCAAGUUGUAAUAGGCAGUUGA